AUGUCAGAAACAGCUUCCACAUCUCUCAUUCGAGAUUUCAAAUUUGAUCGUCUCCUCAAUCAAGAUCAAGCAGGACUCCGUUCCAUUCUCUGCGGUCACAUCAAUAACAAACCAUGCAUCCUAAUCCUCGAACGCGCUCCAUUUCCCACCUCUACGGCCUAUUUGUCCUCUUUCUCAACUGCUCUCCAAUCUCUUGAGAACCUCGGCGCAAACGACAUCUACUAUUGGUAUUUGGCCAACAAUGGUCCUUCGCAAACAACCGAACCUACGGAUCUCAAGAUCAAUCUCAUAUAUCCAUGUACAGAGCAGCAUAUCAAGAAAUACAGCAAGCAGGGAUUUCGCAUGGUCACUGAAACCCCUCAGAUUUAUAAUGAGAAAAUACGCCCGUACAUGCAAGCCAAACGAGAAGGAGGUAGAUUAAAUUGGGUAUACAAUAUAAUAGAGGGCAAGACGGAAGUUGAAGAUGUUAUAUUUAGAACUCCGCAGGGACGAGAUGGAGAUGAGGGAUUUUUGUUAUUGCCAGAUCUGAAUUGGGACCGAAAGACGAUGGAAGGGCUCCAUUUGUUAGGAUUGGUAGAGAGGAGAGAUAUAUGGAGUUUGAGAGAUCUGAAGAAGAAACAUGUGAAAUGGUUGAGGCACAUGAGACAAAGGUUUUUAGAGGCUACGGUAAAAUCAUGUGAAGGUUUGGAGGAGGAUCAGUUGAAGUUGUAUGUGCAUUAUCAACCGACGUACUAUCACUUCCAUGUGCAUAUUGUGCAUGUCGCAUUGGAGGCGGGCGCAACACAGGCAACUGGAAAAGCAAUAGGACUAGAGAGUAUAAUCGAGCAAUUGGAGACAAUGGAGGGGAAUGAGGAGACGGGGAUGGAAAGAUUGUCCUUGAAUUACACAGUUGGAGAAGCGAGUGAGUUAUGGACGGAUAUCUUCGAACCUAUCAAGACUGAUGGUACAAAGACUCAACUGCAAUGA